CAGUUCUUGUUCCUCGUUCAACAGCUGCGGUAUCUUAAAUGUGCUAUAUGUGCUUAUGACUUGAAAUAUAAGCUUCCCUCUUCACCAACUAUGACAGAGGAAAUAACGUACGCAGAUCUGGAAUUUAAUAAAUCUUAUGCACUGGAAAAUAUCCCAAAGCCUGCUGCGCCUGAGGAAAAAGGGCUCUUCACCUCAUCCUCAUGGCGUCUGGCUGCCCUGACUUUGCUCGCAUUGUGUCUGGCGUUAAUGGUAGGACUGCUAGCUCUGGGAGUUGUGUUUUUCCAGGUUACCAACAUCUGCCAGGAAGAGAAUGUAAAACUCAAAGAGAAGGAGAAAGCGCUGCAAAAAAAAUUCUCAAGCAGGCUGCAAGAAAUAAGAGAGAGUUUGUGUUUGGAAGGGGAAGUGAAGAAUAAAAACAAUGAAAUGAGUUGUACACUCUGCCCCACAAACUGGCAACGAAUGGGAGAUGACACCUGUUACUACAUUUCUUCAGGGAAGAAGACAUGGGAGGGGAGUCGGAACUUCUGUGCCUCACAAAAUUCCACCCUUCUUAUGAUAAAAGACAAGCAGAAGCUGGAAAAUGUCAAUCGCUAUUUUAUUAAAGAACGUUACUGGAUUGGAUUAUCACAACGUAAAACUGAAAGGGAUGGCUGGUUUUGGGAGGACAGCACAGCUCUUUCUACAUCAGAAAAGGGAAUCUCUGUUUACAGUGUCAAGAAUCCCUGUGCAUCUCUGUUGGAUUCAUAUAUUUAUGCCAGUCAGCGCUGUAAUGAGAACAAUUUCUGGAUCUGUGAGAAGGCACCCAUCCAGCUGAGGCUCACAGACAAUCAGUAGCAGUUUAUCAGUUUAUUAUGGUUUAUCAGUAUGAAAUGUUUAUUUAUUAGCAGUGGGAAGAAACUCUUUGGGCUCUGUUUUGAGUUGUGAGAUUUUGGGUUCUGCAGAGUUUCCAAAUGAGCAUUUAAAUAGGUGUUUAGAGUCAUAAUCAGCAUUGUCAUUUCAUGGUUUUAGGAUGCCUUUACAAAAGUCAUAUGCAAAUGCUACACACAUAGUGAAGGCCAUAUGACCCCCCCAGGAAAUCUACAAAAUCUGUUAAUCCAGCUCUGAAAUGUGAAAAAAUAGAAACCGGGAACUCCGGAGUAAAAAUAAACUACUACAUUUAAAUAUGGAAAGACCUCUCUGGUUUCAACUUGUCCAUCCCCUGAAAGCCCAGUAUAUGAUUGCUCCCUAUUGCCCAUUUCUCAGAUUAGGCACCAUUUGCUGACAGUUGCCUUCCCCCAACCAGGGUUUGCCCAACCCUUCUGUCUGUCAGUCCCCCCCCACCACCCCGAUUUUGAAUGUGAUCAUUAGGAAAGCAAUAACUAUCUGCUAUUUGGGAUGGAGAAUGCUCUAUCUGCUGAUCCAAUUUUACUCCCUCCAGAGUUUUACUGAAAUGAUGCUUCUGUUCCCAGAGGUUUCUCUACUGCAGGUUUCAGUAACUCAGGGGCUGAAGCUUUAGCCACUUCCAUUCAGGAGACUCUUCUGCAUUCUCAUUGAUCUUACUUCAACAAACCAUUUCCUGAUCGCCAGCCUAAUGUUUCUGUUUCCUACAGUUUUAUCACACACCAGUUACACUCUCCAGCAACCCUAGCCAAAUCCCUCUGAUGUUUUCAUGCAUCACAUACUUCUACAGAGUGGCAAUGUUUUUCACCAAUAAGUCAUCACUUAGCCAAUUAUGCACAGGUAGCUCUUUUAAUCUUUUCUUAUAAGUAAGGCUGCGUUUUAGUCACAGAUAUUUUUAGUAAAAGUCAUGGACAGAUUACGGGCAGUAAACAAAAAUCCGUGACAUCAGUGACCUCUCUGAAAAACACGGAGCCUUACUUAUAAGUCAAUCUCUCCGGCCCACUAACCAUUUAGUGGGGAAAAGAGGAUGUAAAAAGUGAGCUACACUUCUUUUUCAGAGUAGUUCUCUAUUGUACAUCUAAUAAUAUUGUAGGACAUAUUGAAGAUACUCUGAAUACAACGUACAGAAAACCUCUGGAUUGCUUGGUAAACUAGGCACAAGAUAACAAUCUGUGUUUUAACAUCACUAAAUGUAAAGUUAUAUGUCUAGGAACAAAAACUGUUGGCCAUACUCACAGGAUGGGGGACUCUGUCCUAGGAAGCAGUGACUCUUAAAAAGACUUGGGGAA